CCCCCAGCCGCGCCCCCGGCGGGGCGGAGCUUGCGCCGGUCCCGCCCCUCCGCCCUCCGCUCUCCCGCCCGCGCGCCCCCGGCCCAGCUGCGGCGCGUGACGCGGGGCGCGCGGCUCCGUCGGCUACCGCGGGCGGGCGCAGGCGACGGGCACGGCGGGCUAGCGGGCGGUAUGGCGGCGGCAGGGCCCGCGGCGGGGCCGACGGGGCCCGAGCCCAUGCCGAGCUACGCGCAGCUAGUGCAGCGCGGCUGGGGCAGCGCGCUGGCGGCGGCGCGAGGCUGCACGGACUGCGGCUGGGGGCUGGCGCGUCGCGGCCUGGCUGAGCACGCGCACCUGGCGCCGCCCGAGCUGCUGCUGCUGGCGCUCGGCGCGCUGGGCUGGACCGCGCUGCGCUCCGCGGCCACUGCGCGCCUCUUUCGGCCCCUGGCGAAGCGGUGCCGCCUCCAGCCCAGAGAUGCCGCCAAGAUGCCCGAGAGCGCUUGGAAGUUUCUCUUCUACCUGGGCAGCUGGAGCUACAGUGCCUACCUGCUGUUUGGCACCGACUACCCCUUUUUCCAUGACCCGCCAUCUGUCUUCCACGACUGGAUGCCGGGCAUGGCAGUGCCACGGGACAUUGCAGCCGCCUACCUGCUCCAGGGAAGCUUCUACGGCCACUCCAUCUACGCUACGCUAUACAUGGACACCUGGCGCAAGGACUCGGUGGUUAUGCUGCUCCACCACGUGGUCACUCUCAUCCUCAUCGUCUCCUCCUACGCCUUCCGGUACCACAAUGUGGGCAUCCUUGUGCUCUUCCUGCACGAUAUCAGUGACGUGCAGCUUGAGUUCACCAAGCUCAACAUUUACUUCAAGUCCCGCGGCGGCUCCUACCAUCGGCUGCAUGCCUUGGCAGCAGACCUGGGCUGCCUCAGCUUCGGCUUCAGCUGGUUCUGGUUCCGCCUCUACUGGUUCCCGCUCAAGGUCCUGUAUGCCACCAGUCACUGCAGUCUGCGGGCAGUGCCUGACAUCCCCUUCUACUUCUUCUUCAAUGCGCUCCUGCUGCUGCUCACCCUUAUGAACCUCUACUGGUUCCUGUACAUCGUGGCAUUUGCAGCCAAGGUGUUGACAGGCCAGGUGCGCGAGCUGAAGGACCUGCGAGAGUAUGACACAGCCGAGGCCCAGAGCCUGAAGCCCAGCAAAGCCGAGGAAGCAGUGGCUCAGAGCUCCGUGACAUUUUUUGGAACGGGAGGUGUGAGAUGCAGACAUUUAACACAUCCGGGGCUGUAGCCAGGCAGAGGAGCAUCAGACCCCCCACCCUGUUUGGAAGGGAGAACCCAUCAGAUUCGCCUUGGGUGUAGAUGAAACAGAAAUAAAAGAAUCAAAGACGACUCAAGACUUUUGGCUCGAGCUGGUAUUGACUGAAAUGGGAUUGGGGCAGGGUCACAUGGGUUCUGGCAGAUGCGGCAUUAGGAGCCUCCUUUUGAGGGUGUUAGAUUGCACUGUCCUUUGAGCAUGAGUCAAGAAUUCUUUUUUUUUUUUGAGACAGGGUCUCACUCUGUCGUCCAGGCUGGAGUGUGCGGUGGCACGAUCUCGGCUCGCUGCAACCUCCGCCUCCCAGGCCCAGGAAGUGAUCCUCCUGCCUCAGCCUCCCAAGUAGCUGGGACCACAGGCAUGCACCACCAUGCUGUGCUAACUUUUGUAUUUUUUGUAGAGCUGGGGUUUCCUCAUGUUCCUCAGGCUGGUCUCAAACACCUGGGCUCAAGUGAUCCACAUGCCUUAGCCUCCCAAAGCUGCUGGGAUUACAGGCAUGAGCCACUGCAGCUGGCCUGAGUCGGGAAUUCUCCAGAGAUCAGCUAGGUCUCCCCAAGGAGUCUUCCAAAGGUGGCAAUGGCUAAAGGGGGCACCAGUUUGGCCACAUCUAGACACCAGGAAGGUCCUCUUGCUGUAGAACAGUGAGCUCAUGGUGGGGACAUCCUUGGAGGUGCAGAACCCAGAACAAGAGGAAGCCAGACCUCCCAGCCCCACCAGUGUCUGGCUCUGUCCCCGCUGAGGAUGUCUCAUCAGAACACAGGGUAAGAGCUGGCAUGUCCUCUAGGACGGCAAAGCAUGGACUCUGCACAGAAGUGCCAGAGUGUAUCAGGGAACAUCCUGCGAUGAUUGAUCCCAUAGGCACCACCAGCAGAAUUCAAUUCCUCCAAGGACAGCCGGAGUUAGCGCAGUUGGGUAUAAAACAGGAUGGGAUGAAGGCAGUCAGGCUGAGAGACGUCUUCCAAAAGAGCCUGUCAGGAUGCCCAGAAACUGUCAAGAUCAUGGGAAACAGGGAAAGACUGAGGAACAAUCCAGGGUCAGAGGAGACCAAGGAGACAGAUGCCACCUGCAGCAUGGGCUCCUGGACCAGGAAAGGGACCUUCACCAAGAAGCUGGUGAAUUCAAAUCAUAUGGAGAGUUUAGUUAAUAGCAAAGCACCAAUGUUGGUUUCUUUAGCUGCGACCCAUGUGCCAUGGAAAUGUAAGCUGUAAUGUCAGGGAAGCUGGAUGGAGGUGACAUGAGCUCCCUCUACUCCCUUUGUAGCAUCUCUGUAAAUCUAAAAUUAUUCUAAAAUAAAAAAGUGUUUGGCCAGGCGUGGUGGCUCACGUCUGUAAUCCCAGCACUUUGGGAGGCCAAGGCAGGAGGAUGGCUUGAGGCCAGGUGUUCAAGACCAGCCUGGGCAAUAUAGGGAUAUCCAGUUUCUACACACACAUACACACACACACAACCCAAAAAACCAAAAAAACCCAGCCAUGUGUUGUGGCACACACCUAUAGUCCCAGCUACUCAGGAGGCUGAGGUAGGAGGAUUGCUUAAGCCAGGGAGCUGCAGUGAGCCGUGAUCACACCACUAUACUCCAGAGCAACAGAGCAAGACCCUGUCUCAAAACAAAGAAAAAAACCAAACCAAAACAAACAAAAAAGUUUAUUUUAAAAACAGGUAUGAGAGACCAUCAAAAAUGGCAUUGAAGGCCAGGUGCGGUGGCUCACGCCUGUAAUCCCAGCACUUUGGGAGGCCAAGGCAGGUGCAUCACUUGAAGUCAGGAGUUGGAGACCAGCCUGGCUAACAUGGUGAAACCCCGUCUCUACUAAAAAUACAAAAAAUUAUCCAGGCAUGAUGACGCACGCCUGCAAUCCCAGCUACUAAGGAGGCUGAGGCAGGAGAAUCGCUUGAACUUGGGAGGCAGAGGUUGCAGUGAAAAAAAGGCAUUGAAUGUUACUUUCCCAGGGACUCUAUAACAACAAAAGUAACACAAACUUGUGACUUAAAACCACAGGAACUUAUUCUCUAAUAUUUCUGGAUGACAGAUGUUGAAAAUCAAGGUCAGCUGGGCGGUGCUCCCUCUGGGAACUCUAGGCGAGGAUCCCUCCUUGACUCUUGGGCUUCUGGUGGCUCCAGGCAUUUCUUGUUUUGUGGCUGUAUCACUCCAGUCUCAGUCUCUGUCUUCCCAGGGCUUUCUCUUCUUCUCUUCCGUCUCUCUUCUCUCUUAUAAGGACACUUGUCAAUGGUGAAGCAGGUCAGGGUCACUGGUCUUAUUGUCUAAGGUGUUGUCUGAGCUUGUGGUCUCACGACCAAGAAAAUCAAGGAACGUGGACACAAAGUCUGAGGUUGGAGCAAAAGUUUAAUAAAAGAAAGCUCUCCACAGCAGAGAGAGGAUUCCAGGUGGAUUACCGUUUUAACAGUUGAAUC